UCCAUUAAGAUUUGAUCUGGUCACAUGCCAACUUUGCCCUUCUCGUCCCCGUUCCUCUCUUUCCCCGAUCUCUAGUAAUACUAGUAGAAGGCGACAGCGAACCCUAAAUUCGCUGCUCUGCGAUCGCCCCUCCGCCGGACGUCAGAUCCGGAGAACGACAAUCCCGCCGCCGAGCUCCACUCCCCCGGCCGGCUCCGAUGAGAUGAACGAUGGGCUGCGUCGUCGCCAAGGAGGCCUCCCCUCCCCCAACCACCGCCUCACUCGACCGCCGCCGUCGCGGACAGAAGAAGCAGCCAGCCGGACCAACCCCAGCUGCCUCGGGCCGAAAAGCCCAGGACUCCCUCCCUGGGGCCGAGUCCGCCACCGAUGCGCCCGACGCCGGCGUCCGGAAAGAGGAGACGGAACGGUCCCCUGGGGAGAGACGUCUGCGGCGGCGCCGGCAGAGGCCGGACCCGAGGCUGAGUAACCCCCCCGGCCACGUCCGCGGUGAGCAGGUCGCUGCUGGUUGGCCCGCCUGGCUCUCCCACGCCGCCGGGGAGGCUAUCAAGGGAUGGACGCCCCGCCGGGCUGAUACCUUUGAGAAGAUCGACAAGAUUGGGCAAGGGACGUAUAGCAAUGUCUACAAGGCUAGGGACGUCUUGACGGGCAAAAUUGUGGCGUUGAAGAAGGUCCGGUUUGACAAUAUGGAGCCGGAGAGUGUGAAAUUUAUGGCAAGAGAGAUCCUUAUAUUGCGGCACUUGGAUCACCCAAAUGUCGUGAAGCUUGAGGGGCUGGUGACAUCCAGGAUGUCUUGUAGCUUGUAUUUGGUCUUCGAGUACAUGGAGCACGAUCUGGCUGGUCUUGCAGCCAGCCUUACCACAAAGUUCACGGAGCCUCAGGUGAAGUGUUACAUGCAUCAACUGUUGUCGGGAUUGGAGCACUGUCACAACAACAGAGUGUUGCACCGCGACAUUAAGGGUUCAAAUCUCCUACUUGACAAUAAGGGGUUACUCAAGAUUGCAGACUUUGGCUUGGCUACUUUCUUUGAUCCUAAUCGCAAGCAUCCCAUGACCAGCCGCGUGAUCACUCUUUGGUAUCGUCCGCCAGAGCUGCUCUUGGGAGCGACUGAUUACAGCGUGGGUGUAGACCUCUGGAGUGCAGGCUGUAUUUUGGCAGAAUUGUUGUCAGGAAAGCCUAUUAUGCCUGGGAGGACUGAGGUUGAACAGCUGCAUAAAAUUUUUAAAUUAUGUGGCUCUCCUUCCGAGGAAUACUGGAAAAAAUCAAAGUUACCGCAUGCUACAAUUUUUAAACCCCGACAGCCUUACAAACGUUGCAUCCAGGAGACUUUUAAAGGUUUUCCACCAUCAUCCUUGCCAUUAAUAGAAACUCUUCUUGCAAUCGACCCAGCUGAACGUCAAACUGCUACUGCAGCUUUAAAUAGUGAGUUUUUCAAUACUGCACCAUAUGCUUGUGAUCCUUCAAGUCUUCCACAAUAUCCUCCAAGCAAGGAGAUGGAUGCUAAACUGAGGGUUGAAGAAGCUAAAAGGUUGAGAGCUCCUGGUGGAAAGAUUAAUGCCAAUGGAUCAAAGAAGAUGCACACACGUGAAAGAGCUUCUAGAGCAGUUCCUGCACCAGAGGCUAAUGCUGAACUCCAAGUAAACAUUACUAGAAGGCGCCUUAUUACACAUGCAAAUGCAAAGAGCAAGAGUGAAAAGUUUCCUCCGCCACAUCAAGAUGGCGCACUUGGAUACCCAUUAGAUUCUUUGCAUCAUAAUGAUCCUUCCUUUGAUAAUUCAGAUGCAUCAUUCAGCACAGUGUUUCCCCACCAGAAGGGGCCUGCGACUGCUUGGUCUGGACCACUGAUAGAUCCUGCUGCUGCAGGCCAUACAAAGCGAAAGAAGCAGAUUGCAGUUGAUGCACUAAAUCAGGCUGUGUCAAAACAGUUUGGUGGUGCUAAUCCUACUAGGGAAACUCUUAAAGACAAGGGCAGUGCUCGAUUCAGAUAGAUCACAAUGCCAAUACAAUUGCAUUCGGCACAACCUGGAUUUGCAGCCUCAAAUGCGAUUGUCAGAUGCUAAUGCUGAAGUGAUUGGAAAGAAACACUCAUCAAUGAAGACAAAGAAUCAAUUCCUACAGCUCUUCCUCAAUUUCAUUUUUCAUACCAUUCUUUUCAAUGUUAGCCUGAUAUAUAGGGCUGGUUAUUUCACCAUGUAUAUCUUUUUCCUUUUCUUCAAUAGUAAAGCCGCUUGUUUAGGUUAUUUCUGUUUAACAGUAACUUUCUUAUCCCAUCAUCCCUUUGUACUUUCAAACUUCCUACGUUAUCCUGGCUGUCUUCUGGACUCAUUUAGUCUCAUUUUCUGUAAGUAAUAAUCUAGUGAAAAUUCGCCGUUGUUUAUUCUUAUAAUGGAAAAGAACUGUAAUCUAAACAGUAUUGAGAGGUCAAUUG